AUGUCAAAUAACCCUCCCUCUCAAGACGCGCCCAAAUGGACGCACACCGCCGAGCAGAUUGCGCUUGCUACAAAGGCUGCCAUUGACGCGGAUCGAAAACUGCAGGACCACGUCGCGUCCUUAUCUUCUGGCGAAUGCACCUUCGAAACUGUCUUCGUCGCGCUUGAGAAGGGAGAUACGGCCCUGCACGACGCGAAGAUGACCCUUAGCUUCUACCAAUACGUCGCAGUCGACGCUGCUUUGCGAGAGGCUUCCAGCGCAGCCGAAACCAAGUUCGACGAAUACACCGCGGACAAGUCCUUACGCGUGGACAUCUACAACGCCAAAGCAGCAGCGCGCGCCAACAUCGAGAAGUCCGGUGUCACACUUGAGGCAGAGGAUCGGCGACUUGUGGACAAAAUGACGCUGGACGGCAAACGCAACGGUUUGCAUCUAUCCGAACAGAAGCGCAGUGAGCUCGCCGAGCUCAAGAAGGCACUUGCGCAGACUGUACAGGAAUACAUGAAAAACUAUCGGUCGAAGAACGGCGCCAUUGAUUUCACAGAGGAGGAGCUUCAGGGUGUACCUUCGGCCGUCAUUUCCACUUAUACCAAGAGCGAGAAGGAUGGGCGGGAAGUCUACACUGUUACUCAUAAGCAACCCGACAUCAUCCCUGUUUUUAAGUUCGCUCAAGUUCCGGAAACGCGCCGUCGCGCUUACGGUAGCUACGAGUCGCGAUUGGCUGUCAACGUGCCGCUUCUCGAGAAAGCGGUCGAGAUCCGUCGUCAAAUGGCUACUUUGUACGGAUACGAUACAUGGGCCGACUACGUGACUGAGGAUAAGAUGAUAGGCAGCGGUCAGAAAGUUGACGAGUUUCUAGCCGACCUCGAGCAGACCCUGCGCCCUGUGGGAGUCCAAGAGCGGGAGACACUGCUCGCGCUCAAGAAGGAAGAUUGCCAAUCGCUUGCGAUUCCGUUCGACGGCGAGUACAAGGCCGAAGACACGCGUUACCUCGAUGAGAAGUACUUGCGCACGGCUCUGUCGCUCGAUUCCAGCAAAGUACAGGAGUACUUUCCCGUCUCCCACCUCGUACCCGCAGUUUUGGAGAUCUAUCAGGGCCUUUUGGGGGUCCGCAUCGAAGAAGUUAAGGAUGCUGAGACGUGGCAUCCUGAAGCGCAAGCGUUUACCGUCUGGGAUGCGAAGGCUAAUGAGUUUCUUGGAUACGCUCACUUGGACUUGUAUACGCGGCCGGAUAAGUUCCCUCAUGCCGCCGUGUGGUCUCUUCUGUCUGGCUCGACUUCCGGCGCCACACGCCAAUACCCUGUCUCCGCUCUACUGGCCAACCUUGCCAAUCCGGCCGCGGGAGGGCAGGCGACGACACCCCAUAGCGCGGUAGUUACCCUCUUCCACGAGAUGGGACACCUGUUUCACAAUCUGCUCGCGCGGACCAAGUAUGGCCGCUUCCAUGGUACAAGCGUCGCGGGAGACUUUGUAGAAGCCCCCGCAAAGAUGCUCGAGAACUGGUGCUGGGAGCCGAAGGUUUUGAAGCGGCUCUCAUCGCAUUAUGAGACGAAGGAGCCUCUCAGCGAUGAGCUGAUUGAUAGAAUUGCUAAAAGCCGUUUCGUCAAUCAUGGCCUUUUCCAGCUUAAUCAGCUCUUCCACGCCAAGUUUGACAUUGCACUGCAUACCAGCAAGGACUCAGUGGACUCGACCGCGCUCUGGAAUAGCAUGCGCGAGCGAAUUCGCUUGGCGAAAGAAGAAACGCCCUAUCCCGGUCAGUCGGCGUUCCCGCACAUCAUGGGUGGGAUGGACGCCGGGUACUAUGGAUACAUCUACGCAUUUAGUCUUGCGACGGACAUGUACUGGUCCGUGUUCAAAGCGGAUCCACUGGACCCAAAGCAGGGUAUGCGCUAUCGGAAGAGCAUACUCGAACCGGGUAGUAGUCGCGACGAGCUAGACUCGCUGGAGGAAUUCCUCGAACGUUCACCGAGCUCGGAAGCGUUGAUGAAGUUGCUAUCUAUCGCUGUCGAUCUCGCUUUCAAUUCGCCUCCAAUCUCUCUCGCUUUCUCUAUCAUGAGCACUCAACCCAACUCUACUGGCGGUACUACCGGCGUCGUUCCCUCUGAGGUCGGCUGGCAGUUCGUGCCUCAGUACUACACUUUCGUCAACAAGUACCCCGACCGCUUGCAUUGUUUCUACACAAAAGCCUCUACCUUCAUCCAUGGAACUGAAGGAGAGGACGGAGAGCCUAGCUUUGGCCAGCAGGACAUCCACAACAAAAUUACUUCUCUCGAGUUCGAGGACUGCAAGGUCUUCAUUCGCUCUGUUGAUGCCCAGUCGUCUGCGAACAAUGGCAUCAUCAUCCAGGUCAUCGGCGAGAUGUCCAACCGUGGCGAGGCCUGGCGCAAGUUUGCGCAGACUUUCUUCCUGGCCGAGCAACCUAACGGUUACUUUGUUCUCAACGAUAUCUUCCGCUUCUUGAAGGAGGACACUGCUGAGCCUGAGGACGGUGAAGCCGAGGCUGAGGCUGAUGCGAGCGCUGAGGUGCCCGCUGCCGAGGAACCCUCUGCCGAUGCUGAGGAAGCUUCUGCGCCUGCUGCUGCUGAGCCUGAGCCCGAGGUCCAGCCGGAGGUCCUCCCAGCCGAGCCUGAGCCCGAGCCCGAGCCCGAGCCUGUGGCCGCGCCUGAGGAGCCUGCACCUGCUGCUUCCGAGCCUGAGCCUACUCCCGCUGCCAACGGUCAUGUCGAGCCCGAGGCGAAGCCGGAGCCCACCCCGGCCCCGGAGCCGGUCGCGGAGAAGCCCGCGACGCCUGCCCAGCCAUCACCAGCGCCGACACCAGCUCCUGCCGCCGCCGCCCCCUCACCCGCUCCCGCACCUGCGCAGCCGGCUGCACCGGCACAACCGGCCGCACCGCCAAAGCCGAAGACUUGGGCAAACCUCGCGGCUGCCGGUGCGACCAAGUGGGGUACUGCGGUGGCUCACGACAGCCGUGGGACCAGUGAGGCUCCGGCUGCCAGCACCUCGCAGCCGGCCAGUGGUGCUCAGACACCAGUACACGCAGCCCGCCCCCUGCGCCCGCCGCAACCUACUGCCGCUCCGUCCAGUGAUCAGUCGCCCGCGAUGCAACAGGCGCUCUCCACCCCGACACCCCAAUGCUUCGUCAAGAGCGUCCAGGAGAACAUCUCCGAGACUGCCUUGAGGCAGGUUCUCACCUCCCGGUUCGGCCCGAUCAAGGAGCUUGAAAUUGUGCGCUCCAAGGCCUGCGCCUUCCUUGAGUUCAACACGCUCGACGCUGCUCGUCGGGCCAUCGCCGCCUCGCUUCCCCUCCGUGAUGGUGGCGAGAACGGUAUCCGCAUCGACGCGAACGACGGUUCGCAGGGCAACAUCCGCGUCGAAGUCCGCAAGGAGCGCGGCGAGCGCCCUGUCUCGCGUCCUCGUGGUGGCGCGCCGAUCAACGGUGACCGCGGCGGCUUCCGUGGUCGUGGUGCCCCGCGCGGCCGUGGGAUUGGUGCGAAGUAG